UGAUAAUGUGUAUGUUAUUAAUAUAUGAUUACAGAUAAUUUGAAACACAAAACACAUAAUCUAAAAUAUGGCAGAGAAUGGUAAUAUCAAUUCUGAAGCAUUCAAGAAUCCACCACAGUUUCCUGGGCAACCAGCUAACAUGGAAAACUUUCCUCCAAUAAGGCCUGGUAUGAUGCCACCUGCAGUAAGACCUGUUAAUGGUGCUGCACCACAAGGAAUAAGACCCCCAGGUGCUUUUCCACCGUUUCAACAGCGCUUUCCAAACCAAAAUAUGCCACCUUUUCAACAACACUUUGCUGCACAAGGUGGACCAGCUCCACCAACCAAUACCACCCUUCCAAAGCCACCUAUCUUUGACAAAGAUGGUCAAAUCUGGUUAGAGGCAUGUUCGGCUGAUGGCAAAGUCUAUUACUUUAAUGCAAAGACCCGUGAGACGAGAUGGGAUAAUCCUGCUGAUGAAUCUAAUAAGAAAGAGAAACAAGCUGCUCAAGAGGACACAUCAGAAGCUAAAAAGGAUAAUGGACAAGAUAAGAAAAUGGAAGAUAGCAAGAAUGACGAAACAGAGAAAAAAGAAAAAACGUUUUCUGAAGAGAGUGAAGUCAAACAAGAGACUAAUGACAAUUCAGAUCAGUCAUCUGCACCCCAACAACAGUCUGAAAAAAAAGCACCAGCACCAUUCGCACCACAAGGAAUGCCAUCAACUCUUCAACCACCAUUUGGUUUGCCACCCAUGAUGAGACCUCCACCUGGAAUGCCUGCUGGAUUUCCAGGUUUUUCAUCACGUAUGCCACUUGGCAUGUCUCCUCGGUUUCCACCAUUUCCUGGUUUUCGCAUGCCACCUCCAGAUUUUGUUCCGAAAACAAUAGGAGACUGGACUGAGCACAGAUUGCCAGAUGGCAGGUUGUAUUAUUUUAACAACAAAUCAAAGGAAUCUAAAUGGGACAAGCCAAAAGAAUUUAUAGAUGCUUCAAAAGAAUCAUCAAAGAAACCUAUCCAGCCUAACAGUGAACAGAAAAUUGGGGGUGGUAACAAAACACCUGUGAAGGAGACUAAACCUGACACCAGAGACAGCAAGAAGAAACCUGUAGCAUCAAGACCAAUUCCUGGAACAGGAUGGCAUCUUGUUUGGACUGGUGCUGGAAAGGUUUUCUUUUUUCAUCCCACUUCAAAAACUUCAAUAUGGGAAAGACCUAAAGAAUUGGAAAGCAACAUAAAUGUUGAUGAAAUUCUGAAGCAGGGGCCCAACGCGCCAAAGGAGACAAUUGCUCCACCAAUCUCUUCCUCGGAUGGAAAUGCGGAAAGAGAAAAACGACCAAAUGAAGCAGCACAGCGAAAGGAUGAGCUUGAUAAAGAAGAACUGGAACCAAUAAUCAAGAAGAAAAAAAUGGACAUACCAGAGAAUAGUGAAAUUAAAUCUAUACCCAUGGUUGUAGAAGAGGAAAAAGUGAAGAUCACUGGUGAAACAAAUCACAGACGGGAGGUUGAAGUCAAAAAAGCUAUCAUUCCUCUCGACGAAAGAAUGACUAUGUUCACCAAUUUAUUGAGAGAAAAGGAGGUGUCUGCGUUUUCGACGUUUGAAAAAGAACUCAACAAAAUCUUGUUCGAUGAACGAUACUUGUUACUCACAAUGAAAGAGAGAAAACAGUGCUUUGAGAAAUAUGUGAAAGUGCGUGCUGUUGAAGAAAGAAAAGAGAGAGCGCAGAAGGUCAAAGAGAAGAAGGAAGAUUUUAAAAGAUUACUGGAAGAUGUCAUAUCAAGUGCAAGGAUAACCUUCAGUGAUUUUGCUGCAAAGAACUCGAAAGAAUCCCGCUACAAAGCUAUCGAGAAAAUGAGGGAGAGGGAACAACUCUUCAACGAAUUCAUGACAGACUUUCGUAAACACGAAAAGGAAAAGUUAAAACUCCGCGAGGAGAAGUUACGAAAGCAAUUUUUCGAGUUGUUGAGUGAAUUGACAAAUUUAAGCGAAGAUUCAAAGUGGAAGAAAGUGAAGCAGUCCAUCGAGGCUGACAAGAGAUACGAGCUCGUUGGCAGUUCGUCAAAGAGAGAGGAAUUUUUUUAUCAGUAUGUGAAAGAAGAGCUGUCUAAAAACAAAGAGUCGUCACCUGCUCAUGGAGACAAAAACAAUGAUGAAGAAAAUGAAAAAGAUGACGAAAAAGAAGACGAAGAAGCAAUGAACGAUGAAAACGAAGAUAUGGUUUCUUCCGUAGAAGCCAAACAAGAAUUUGACAAAAAUGAGCGUAUUGAAGCAAGUAUCAGAAAACGCGAAGAAGAAGUGCGCGCACAAAAGGAGGUGUAUGAAAAAGAUCGGGAAAAGGAACGUGGUUUGCAUCAACAUGAUAAAGCCGUACAACACUUUAAAGCUUUACUAGCUGACAUGGUAAAAGAUACGCAGUUUUCUUGGAAGGAGACAAGAAGAUCAUUGCGUAAAGAUCCGCGUUGGUCAGCUCUUGAAGUGUUAGAGAAAAGUGAGAAAGAAACUUUGUUUAACAAUCACAUAAGGGAUAUUAAAGACAAAAGGAAGAAAUCUUUUAGAAGAUUACUUGACGAAGCCGACGUGCCGUUGGAUGCACAUUGGCGAGAAGUUCGACGACAAAUCAAAGACGAUCCUCGAUACGCUAAAUUUGGAACUAGCGAGUUGCGCGAAGAAGAAUUUGAAACAUAUUUACGGGAAAAACUGACGGCCGCCAGAACUGAUUUUCGAGAACUGUUACGAGAGACGAAGCUUAUUACGUACAAAACGAAAGAUAGCCCAAACCAUAUGAAAGAUGUCGCAUCUAUUUUGAAAAAAGACAAACGUUAUCACGUGAUGUCAGCGUUAUCCAGCGAGAGAGAACGAAUGAUUAAAAGUCACAUUGAUGAUCUUUAUAAACGAGGACCUCCACCGCCACCCACAGCUACGAACCCUUCGUCACGAUACAAAAAAGACUAAGACAGGAAACAUAAUUGAAAAGUCUUUUGGGUCGCUUGAUGUUGUAAAAUGUUGUAAAGUGCUUUUAUAUCACAGGUCAUGAUUUUUAAACGCUUGUAUAAAGCUUAGAUGAAAGUAAAAUUUAUCUUGUUC